AUGCCUCUCCGCAUCGUCCACAAAGCCAGUACUAGCAAGAAAGAUCAUUCUGCCUACAACAACAACAACAACAACACCACCACUAUGGCGAAGGGUAAGGCCCCAGCCACCAGCGCACCUGAAGCCGAACGUGAACACCACGAUCCAGACGACCCUUCAUACGACCCUCGCCUCGACCCAGACGUUGGCCCCUACGACCCAGACAACGACUACCUUCCCGAUGAAGGCAUGACGGACCAAGAGGCCGCUCAGGAGAUCUUCAAGAUCACGAAGGAGGAGAAGGACGGCAAGAGAGAGUUCAACAGCACCUUUUAUGGUGGUAAGGCUCCAAAGGCUCCUACCAUGCGUCCACAGCCCAAGAAGCCCUGUGACAAUUGCAAGUCGCUCAAGAAGGGCUGCGACCGCCUUGUUCCUACUUGUACCAAGUGCCAGGCUCGCGGUAUCCCUUGUGUCUACUCUCGUGGUUAA